CGGAAGCCGAACACACCCAGAAUCAGAGAUUCACAGUAACAAAGGUGGUUGAAGACGAAGACACAAAAUUAGAAUUGCGUUGCGAAGAAAGUGUGGACUGUGGAGUGGAAUGGCGUCGAGCAUCCAAGUCCAAGGGGACGAGUCCGUUACGUUGCGCGUGACACAUUCCAAUCUCAAAACCUUCGCCUCCGACAUCCGUUUCUCGCUUCAGCUCACCGUCGAAGCCGUCAAAGACAAGCUCUGGAGAAAAUGCGGGACCUCCGUCAACUCGAUGCACCUCGAACUCUUCGACGACGCUCGCAACAAAGUUGCUGAUCUCUCUGACAAUUCCAAACCCCUUGGCUUCUAUUCCCCUCUCGAUGGCUUCCGUUUGCAUGUUCUCGAUCUUGAUCCAACUUCCGUCUCCUCUGGUGGUUGGCUCGAAGAUACUUCGUUGGUCGAAAAGUACAAAAUUUCUGAAGAAGCCUAUAACAAGCGACAAGACACUUUCAGAAAAUAUAAAGAGAAAUUUACUUCUCAAAUUCCUACAACUGCGGAGGCAAAGAUUCCAGACACCUGUAUGGAAGACCUCUGUGCUGAUAUCAAGGUAGGAUCCAGAUGUGAAGUUGAACCUGGGGCAAAAAGGGGUGUUGUAAAAUUUGUUGGUCAGGCGGAACCACUGGGUCCUGGUUUCUGGGUUGGAGUCCAGUAUGAUGAACCCUUGGGCAAACAUGAUGGCAUGGUCAAAGGAGUACGCUACUUCGAAUGCCCUCCAUCUCAUGGUGGAAUGCUUAGACCAGAGAAAGUGAAGGUUGGUGACUACCCUGAACGAGAUCCCUUUGAAGAAGAUGAAAUAUGAGUCUCAUGAGCAAGUUUCUUUCAACGUGAAGGGUUUUCCUUAUGUAAAUCAACCAUCUGUUUGGAAAACUUACAUUUGUUGCCAUUUCAAGGCAGUGGAUAUGUUAAAAGGGUUUCAUUGUGGUUGUUGUAUUGUAUUUAGAGAAGAAAAGCCGGUGCAAUGUGAAAAACAUGAAUCGGAAGUUCAUUGCAAUGGUAAAAUGAGAACCAACAAAACGGGAUACUCCUUCCGAGAACAUGCAGACUCGUUUUAGUAAACACGAAACCAAAAGGAAUUAAUAUUAUUUUUAAAGUGCA